AUGGCGUUCACCGUGAUUCCCUUGGAUGUCCACUCGUUGGCAAAGCUCUUGCUCCCUUCGAAGCAGCAUAAGCUGGCACGUGACUGGCGAGGGCUCAAGCGUCAACAUGUGAGCACCAAUAUCCCGACAGAGGGUAAAGACGCUGUUGAGGUUGACCUGAAUGACUUCGUUGAAGUCCUCAUCUGGGAACUCCUCGCAGGGGUACCGCCGUUGGAUGCCGGCGCAAUUGACCAGUAUGCGUAUUUCCCGGCCCUCGUCUAG